CACUGAACUCUACCAUAAGGUAUCUCUGUUACCCAUCCCCAUCAUCACAUGGGCUAUAGAUACUUCCAGGCACCCCCUUCCCCAAAGGCAAGCUUGCCAAGAAUAGAUACUGGGGGUCGUGCCCCUGGUCUGCCGAAACAGCCCCAGCCAGGACCCCACCAAGCUAGGAACCAGGGUUUAAUGCUUUAGCCUUAUCCUGGGCUUGGCCUUUGUAGGGCUGUCGAUCUGUCCCUAGUCUACCCAUAGCCUCUUUCUUUGUGUCUCUGUCUCUUUGUCUCUGCCGGUUUCACUGUCUUUGUUCCUCUGCCUCUCAGUCUCUUUUUUUCCAGGGUCCCUGCCUUUCCGUAGCUAGCGCUCCUCCAACUCUGCUUCACUGACUUCAUUUCUCUCUUAUCUGUCUCUACAUCUCUUUGUCUCUGGUGGCCAAUCUUUUGCUCCUUUAUUUUUGGUUUGUUGCUGUCUCUCCGUCUCUCUCUGCCUUAGCGUCCUGACUCAGGGCUUUCAGGUUACAACAUUGCCUCUAGCAAAGGUUCUCUGUUCGGGGCCCCAGCUCUGAUUCGACGUGCCUGCCUCUUCCAAGAAGAGAUCAGGCAUCUGCCUUUAGCCUCAGCGCCAGUCUCAGUCUCCCCUAGACAGCCCAGCCCAGCCUCCAGCCGCCGCCCCCACCCCGGCACUCGGCCACUCGGACCGGCCCUGCUUUGUUUCCAGUGUCUCGGCGCCCCGCCCCCGCCCCGUCGGGGUCUCCGCCGCCCUCUGCCGCCUUUUGUCUGCCUUGGUCUUUCCCCCACACCUCUCCCUGGGUCCGUCUUUCGAUCUCUCUUUGUCUCUCCGGACCGGAGUGGCUGGCACUAUCGGCCAGCCCUGGAGGUCAGCGCAAGCGGCCCAACACAGCCACAAUUAGGAAGAGUCCUUGGCUCUCAUCACCCAGCUCCAGCCCCGGAGGCACACGGUUAAUACCACCGAGUUCCAUCAACUAUUCUUGGCUCAGAGUAGCCCUCUCUGCGGCACGCGGCGGCUCGCCGGCCACCGAGCUCCGGAGGACGCUGGUCGUCCCCACAGGCGUGCACCUCCUCCAAGGUCCUAGAGCGGCUCCGAGCGGCCCAGCGCUUCCGCUUCCCAUCCCCGCCCCUGGCGGCUGUCCCCGGGACGCCUGGGUCCGAGCCCCCUCCCCGUUGGGCGCGGAGCUGGCAUCCCGGUGUAGCCGGAGGCUCGGGCGCCGGAGCCUAGCCGAGGAGCUCCGGAAGGCGCCGGGGUGGCGGAGCCAGAGGUGGCCGGGUGGCGUGCAGGCGAUGGAGCGCACAGUGGAGCCCUGGGGCCCGGAUCUGCAUGGCCCAGAGGACAGGGAGCCGCUGAGAGGCGCCCGCACAGGUCUAGGCAGUGAGAAUGUGCAGCUGUCUCAGCCAGAUGAGUUUGAACAUACCCCACAAGAGGAUGACUUGGGGUUCAAGGAAGAGGAAGAUUUGGCCCCAGAUCAUGAAGUAGGAAAUGCCUCUCUCAAACCCGAAGGCAUCAAGACCUGGGAUGACUUAUGGAUCCAGAGAGAGGGAACAGGAAAACCACAUGCUCGGGACAGAAGCCCUCGGCUCCUGGGAGAACCACGUUGGGGCCAGACUAGUGAUCGGGCUGCAGUGUGUGGCGAGUGUGGCAAGAGCUUUCGGCAGAUGUCAGAUCUGGUGAAACACCAGCGGACCCACACAGGGGAGAAACCCUACAAGUGCGGGGUCUGUGGCAAGGGCUUUGGGGAUAGCUCUGCCCGUAUCAAACACCAGCGAACUCAUAGUAGUGAAAAGCCCUACAGAGCCCGACCACCAGCCCAAGGUCCCCCAAAGACUCCUCGGUCCAGGAUCCCUGCUGGUGAGCGCCCCACUAUCUGUGGUGAAUGUGGCAAGAGCUUCCGGCAGAGUUCUGACCUGGUAAAACACCAGCGGACACAUACGGGAGAGAAGCCCUACAAGUGUGGCAUCUGUGGCAAGGGCUUUGGUGAUAGUUCUGCCCGAAUAAAGCACCAGCGGACACACCGUGGGGAGCAGCCCCCUCGGCCAGUGGUGCCCCGACAGCAGCCAUCUCGAACAGCCACUGCUGCCACACAGGGACCCAAGGCCCAGGACAAGCCAUAUAUCUGUACUGACUGUGGCAAAAGAUUUGUGCUCAGUUGUAGUCUUCUGAGCCACCAGCGCAGUCAUCUGGGGCCCAAGCCUUUUGGCUGUGAUGUAUGUGGAAAGGAGUUUGCCCGGGGCUCAGACCUGGUGAAGCACCUGCGGGUGCACACGGGAGAGAAGCCUUACCUCUGCCCUGAGUGUGGAAAGGGCUUUGCUGACAGCUCCGCCAGGGUAAAGCACCUCCGUACCCAUAGUGGCGAGAGGCCUCAUGCCUGCCCGGAAUGUGACCGCACCUUCAGCCUCAGCUCCACCCUUCUCCGCCACCGCCUCACUCAUAUGGAGCCCCAGGACUUCAGCUUCCCAGGCUAUCCCCUGGCUCCCCUAAUCCCUACCCCACCCCCCAGCUCAAGCCCACCUCCACCCCCUCUUGGCACCAGUCCCCCACUGACGCCUCAAAGCCCUUCACACUCGGAUGAUGGGCCUUUUGGCCUUCCCGGCUUGGAGCCAGAGCCAGGGGGUCCACAGGCUGGGGAGCCACCCCCACCACUCGCAGGUGACAAGCCCCAUAAGUGCCCUGAGUGUGGCAAGGGCUUCCGCCGAAGCUCAGACCUGGUGAAACACCAUCGUGUGCACACAGGGGAAAAACCCUACCUCUGCCCUGAAUGUGGCAAGGGUUUUGCUGAUAGCUCAGCCCGAGUCAAGCACCUCCGUACCCAUCGCGGUGAACGGGCUCAGCCACCACCACCAUCCACUCUUCUGAGGCCACAUAACCCCCCCGGCCCAGCAACCAUGGCCCCCCAAGUUCAAGUCCGGGCCCAACUCACUGGACCCAGCCAGCCCCAUGUAUGUGGCUUUUGUGGGAAGGAGUUUCCCCGGAGCUCAGAUCUAGUCAAACAUAGGCGCACACACACUGGGGAGAAGCCAUACAAGUGUGCAGAGUGUGGCAAGGGAUUUGGUGACAGUUCUGCCCGUAUCAAGCACCAGCGUGGGCACCUGGGCCUGAGACCCUUUGGGGUGGGGGAUGGUCGGGCAAGGCCUCUCAAGGAGGAGCCACCAGCAGGACUGGAAUGAUGGGUCCAGUGAGGGUGGAGGCCCAGGAGACCAAAGGGAGGGUAUCUGCUGCUUAAGCAGAGAAGAAAGGGCCUGGGAGGUAGUGGGAGGGUGAAAGGGGAAGAAAUGGGAGAAAGGAGUGAAUAGAUAGAAAAGAGAUGGGAGACAAUGACCUUGAAGCUCAGGAAACUGUCCUGCAUGGGCUCAGUCAGGACCUUGCCAGUGUGGGCUAUCUCCCCCACCUUCUAGAACACUGCCUAGUACACAGUAGACACUCAACUUGUUGGAUGAAUAAAUUGGCUUUAGCCUGAGGGCCCUUGAAGAACCCUAAAUUCCUGCUGCCACUUAUUGUGUUAAGAACUGGUUCCAUUUUGCUCUGGGAGACCAUCACCCUGAACAGGGUUUGUUUAACCUUGUGUGCUGCCAACAAUGAGAUUUCUGGAAUUCAGGAUGACAAUGAGACGGGGACAUUUGGAUAAUCCUUAUGGUGGGAAGAGUAUUACUCUGGCAGGCAGUACUCAGCCUCAGGCCACUGGUCAUAGUCUUAGGAAGGGCCCUCUUGCACAGAACCCAGACCUAUCUGCCCUGGAGAGCCCCAAACCACCCUGAUACCUGGACACUGGAAGAAUAAACCAGAGACAGCAGAAGGAGCACUGAAUACCAAGCCUAGCUCCUGGUGCACAUCAACAGAGCCUGGCUGCGAAAAGGGCAGGACUGGAGUGAGGCCAGGGGGCGCUCCAAGGACCGACAGCCAUGUCUCCAUGUAUCUCCCUGCCAAUAAACUGCUUGUGUGAGGCUUGGACUCUGUGUGCGUUGAUGUG